ACAAGCGGGGUUGCUUUGUGGCUGUCAACUUUCCCCGAGGUCCGAGUGGGUAGCCACGUUAUCAGUGGUCGCGGCGGCGGCAGCUACGACGGCGGAGAGAUGAGGCAGAAGCGGAAAGGAGAUCUCAGCCCUGCUGAGCUAAUGAUGCUGACCAUAGGAGAUGUUAUUAAACAACUAAUUGAAGCCCACGAGCAAGGGAAAAACAUUGAUCUAAAUAAGCUGAAAACCAAAACGGCUGCCAAAUAUGGUCUCUCAGCUCAGCCUCGCCUGGUGGAUAUCAUUGCCGCAGUUCCACCUCAGUAUCGAAAGGUCUUGGUCCCCAAGUUAAAGGCAAAGCCCAUCAGAACUGCCAGUGGGAUUGCUGUUGUGGCUGUGAUGUGCAAACCCCACAGAUGUCCACACAUUAGUUUUACAGGAAAUAUCUGUGUCUAUUGCCCUGGUGGACCUGAUUCAGAUUUUGAAUAUUCAACCCAGUCUUAUACUGGAUAUGAGCCAACCUCCAUGCGAGCUAUCCGAGCGAGAUACGACCCUUAUCUACAGACAAGACACCGAAUAGAACAGUUGAAACAGCUUGGUCACAGUGUGGAUAAAGUGGAAUUUAUUGUGAUGGGUGGAACAUUUAUGGCCCUUCCAGAAGAAUACAGAGAUUAUUUUAUUCGAAACUUACAUGAUGCAUUGUCAGGACAUACCUCCAACAAUAUUUAUGAGGCAGUCAAGUAUUCUGAGAGGAGCCUCACAAAGUGUAUUGGAAUAACUAUUGAGACCAGACCUGACUAUUGCAUGAAGCGGCAUUUAAGUGACAUGUUGACCUAUGGCUGUACAAGGCUGGAGAUUGGGGUGCAGAGUGUCUACGAAGAUGUGGCCAGAGAUACCAACAGGGGCCACACUGUGAAGGCAGUAUGUGAGUCCUUUCACCUGGCCAAAGACUCCGGUUUCAAAGUUGUGGCUCAUAUGAUGCCGGAUCUGCCAAAUGUGGGACUCGAGAGGGACAUUGAGCAGUUUACAGAGUUUUUUGAGAACCCUGCUUUUCGUCCUGAUGGUUUAAAACUUUACCCUACCCUGGUGAUUCGUGGAACUGGCCUUUAUGAGCUGUGGAAAUCAGGAAGAUAUAAGAGUUAUUCUCCUAGCGACCUGAUCGAAUUGGUGGCUCGGAUCCUUGCCCUUGUGCCUCCAUGGACUCGAGUGUACCGAGUGCAGAGAGAUAUUCCAAUGCCCUUAGUCAGCUCAGGAGUUGAGCAUGGUAAUUUGAGAGAACUGGCAUUUGCAAGAAUGAAAGACCUCGGAAUUCAGUGUCGAGAUGUGAGAACCAGAGAAGUUGGAAUUCAAGAAAUUCAUCACAAAGUACGGCCAUACCAGGUUGAAUUGGUAAGGAGAGAUUAUGUUGCAAAUGGUGGCUGGGAAACAUUCUUAUCAUACGAAGACCCAGACCAGGACAUUUUGAUUGGCCUCCUGCGAUUACGAAAGUGUUCAGAAGAAACCUUUCGUUUUGAAUUGGUUGGAGGCGUUUCCAUAGUCCGAGAGCUGCACGUGUAUGGAAGUGUAGUCCCUGUGAGCAGCCGGGACCCUACGAAGUUUCAGCAUCAGGGAUUUGGCAUGCUGCUGAUGGAGGAAGCAGAAAGAAUAGCCAGAGAAGAACAUGGAUCUGGGAAAAUAGCUGUUAUAUCAGGGGUUGGCACCAGGAAUUAUUACAGAAAGAUUGGCUACAGAUUACAAGGCCCAUACAUGGUGAAGACGCUAAAACAGUAACCACAUCAGUCCACCUGGAGGCAGCGUUUCUAUCAGGAAAUGGAGAUUUCAGGUGUCUUGAAUAUUCAACAGAGAGGCUGGGCAAAGCAAAUAGACCUACCCAGUCCCCUUGGCAAGAAGCUUCACCCUCAUCCUGCAGCUGCAGAGACUGGAAACUGCUUUCAGGGCGGGAUCGGGCCUCCGCGCUCCUGUGCCCCCUCUCCUGCGUGUUCCCAAGGAGUCACUCGGUCCUGUAUCCAGUUUCUAAAUUCUGAAUGAGGCCAGCACACCAACAAGCAAAUUAAUCAACACAUCUGGAUACCGUGAUUCAUGAACUAAAACUAGGUGUUGCUAUUUGAGGAGUCCAGUUAGAAGCAAUUUAUUGAUGUGGUAUAGGGACAAAAGGUCAGGUUGAACAUAUGAAAACUGACAAAUUUCGAACUCUGGACUUGAACUACAUAAGCAUUCCAGCACAAGAAAAUGAGCUUCUGUUUUGAUGAAAUCAUUCUGGUUUCUGUGAUGUUUGCAGUGAUGGAGAGAGGGCUUUAUGUUGCAGGCUUGAAACCAGCCUUUUUCAUUUGCAAGUCUACCACCUACGAUGGCUCAAUACAAACAUCCUUCGUUUCACAUUUUUUGUCUGUACUUCCUGCACUCUUGACAACUACAGAACAGUGGGCAGCACUUAGCCCGAGAAAUGUCCCCUUUGUGUGUCUUGAGCAGGUGGAGUCAGGCGUGCUGUGUCUUGGGUGGUGCGGCUGUCAGUCGAGGGUUCCUCCCCCGAGCUGUUUCCUGCAUUUUGGUUUGUCUUAAAUGGAGAAAGAUAAGGAUUCAACUCAUAUGGAAGCAAAAAAAAAAAAAAAUUGUGCAAAACAGGUCCAAAUCUAAAAACAGGGAAAAGAUUGGAUUGGAUUUUCAAAGCUUUAUCUUGUAAGUUCCAGGUAAUCUAAGGAGACUCAGCCUGGAGAGGGUCAGUUCUCAAGAGCGUGGCUUAACCCUGUGGCCCUCGGCUUCUGUGGCAUUUUACAACGGUUUAUUAAAUGGAAUUGAGUCUUCUAAAAGGUACAAAAAAUAAAACCUUCAACAAACAGAGCAGAAUCAUGUAGGGUUUCUUCGCCCUGUGAAUGCAGUGACAUUUGCCAUGAACUUGCAAGAUUGAGUUUCCAGCCUGUGACACUUCACUUCCUCCUGGGUGCUGUCUGCCAUUUCAUUAAACUGCCACGAGGCAAAUGGCAUUGCCUUGCUCGUGGGCUCUCUGUGGAACUCAAAGACUUUCCAUGAGUGUAGU